CUCUCGCGACAUCUUUGGAUGCACUGAGAAGCGGAUGGUGCAGUUACCUGGCAUUACGGCGCGGCAUAGGUCGCGAUGUAUCGCGCAGAAGUGCCAGAAUGUCAGGGCCGACGAGCUCGUUGUUUUGCCUCUCGGUCACCACACAACGCUUUAUUUUCUAUUCUAGCAUCAUAAAACCAUGUAGGAGAAGCUUUUGGAGCCCGUGUCGAAAAAAGCGUGGAUGGAUGUCUCGGAGGUUGACCUUUACUGGGACAGCUCCGCGGUUAGCGAGCACGCUGUAUGGUUUGAGGAAUGCCUGUGUAUUGGAUCCUGGCGGUGCGCAUCUAUUUUCAGCAGCGCCGGGACUCGCCUUGGUACAACCAGCAUGCGAUGCAACCGCGCAAGUGGCAACGUCGGUGCUGUGGUUCUUCUGUGCAUCCAGGGUCUCGUGUAAUUCACCGCCAUCAGCAGAUGUUUGGGGUGUGUGAGACAGCUGGGGCCACUACUGCUAGAACGCAGCAGCGCACAGACUGCGGCAUGGCAACCCUGCGAACUCGGUUACCUGAAGGACUUGCAUGGUGCUCUCACGAAGUCCAGCAAAGCGGGUGGGCUGGACAGACCGUCCUUUACCGCAACG